AUGAGUAAUUCAGCGGCAGCAUCGACAGCUUCUUUAUCAAGAGAAUCAAAAUGUUACGUAAAUCAAGAUUUCAUCGCUCAUGUUCAAGCAAUGCAACGUCAAAUAAUUGAAACUUCAAAAUAUCUUGAAAUCAAAUGGAACAAUAAAAAGACACGAAAGCAUCUAAAAUCACGUUCAAUAACAUUUAUCGAUCCAUAUGGAAAUCGGCUAACUAAUGAAUAUAUGGAUCAUGAAAUACUCGGCAUAGUAUUUAAGAAAUAUAAGAAGGAUUAUGUUCCAAAAUAUUUACAAAAGUGGAUUAAAUUUGGAACAAUGUCUGAAGACAUUAUCAAACCAUCAAGUUAUAGUACAUUGACAACAUCGAUAUCCCAAUAUUCAGACCGUUAUCAAUUCGUUACAUACGGUGAUUUGAAUAUUUUCAUAGAAUAUCAUGAACUUAUACCACGUCGACAAAUUGUGUUGCAUGUUCUUCCAACAGAUACUGAAGAAAAGAUUCGAAUGCAAAUACAGAAACUUUUCACACGAUCAAACAUUCAACUAAAAUCAUUUAUAUUAGAUCGAGAUUUUCAAGUAAAAAACCUAAAUUGGAAUGAUGGUAUUGUACUCAAAGCAGAUGAUACCGUCUUAUCAUCUAACUUAUAUGAAGAUCAACGUAUUAUCAUAGCGAAAAUUCUUGCAGAAAAAACUGAUGAUGCACAAUCCAUUUCUUCGUUUCCAAUAUUUGUGAAAACUCUUACCGGAAAGACAAUUACAUUAGAAGUGUCUUCCAACAUGAAUAUAAAUACUGUGAAACAAUUAAUACAAGACAAAGAAGGUACUCCAUCAGAUCAACAACGUCUAAUAUUUGCUAAAAAGCAACUAGAGGACGACAGAAUCCUUUCAGACUAUAAGAUACAAAAGGAAUAUGUGCUUCAUUUGGUGCUUCGUUUACGUGGUGGAAUGUUUAAUUGGACUAGUGGACGAGACGGUUAUGAAAGUUUCGCCUAUACAGAUUCUGUGGACGCUAUCGAAAGUAUUCUUGCAUUUGAUUUUAAACAGUUGAAUCAUUCGGCCUUUAUAUCACUAACCGAAGUACAGGACCUUAUUUUACAAGGACAAGUUCUUCUUUUAAGAUUAUUUAAUACAAUCGGCAACCAUUAUGAGUUGCGAAAGAUUCCACAUAUUAUAAGCAUUAUACAAUGGAGUGUUGUCGAUAAUGAAAAUGAAAAUCGCGUUGAGGAUGAUCAUGAUAAUCUUUCAAAUGAGCAAUCGCAGUCAACUGUCAGAAAAUAG